CUGAGAAGCCGGGCGGUGGCUGGGGCCGGCGACCUGAUUUUUCCACUGCUCUCCUUAUGGCCUGACGCUGACAGAGGCAAAAAUCUGCUAACUCAGGGGCCGGCUCAACCGGGGCUUCGAGCAGGCCUGGGGGAUGAUCCCCUGAUCUCCAGAAGGUGCCUUCCACGGCUGCACGCCCAUCCCCAGCUGGCUCUGCCGGCCAUGGCUCUUGGCCCUGGCUCCACUCCUGCCUAAUGUUACUUUGCUUGUGACACACGGGCCCUCUGUCUUCUGCCAGGACCAUGAGGCUCUGGAGGCCUCGGAGCCUGGGGGUGGCUCUGGGCAUCUUCAUGACCAUCGGAUUUGGCCUCCAGCUCUUGGGGGGACCAUUCCAGAGGAGGCUCCCUGGACUGCAACUCCCACAGUCCUGGAUCCCUUCCCUGGGACCAGCUGUUAAGUCUUGCCUACCCAGACAGCGACUCGUGUUCCUGAAGACACACAAAUCCGGGAGCAGCUCUGUGCUCAAUCUCCUUCACCGCUAUGGGGACCAGCAGGGACUACGCUUUGCCCUGCCUGCCCACUACCAGUUUGGCUACCCAAAGCUUUUCCAGGCCUCUAAGGUCAAAGGCUACCAUCCCCAGAGUUCGGAUUCGCAGAAGCCUUUCCAUAUCCUCUGUCAUCACAUGAGGUUCAACCUGAAAGAGGUGCUUCAGGUCAUGCCUUCUGACAGCUUCUUCUUUUCCAUUGUCCGGGAUCCAGCAGCUCUAGCCCGCUCCGCCUUCUCCUACUAUAAAUCAACUUCCUCAGCUUUCCGAAAGGCACCAUCUUUGGCAGCUUUCCUGUCCAACCCUCGAGCCUUCUACAGACCCGGCGGCCGGGGCAACUACUACGCCCGCAACUUACUGUGGUUUGACUUUGGCUUGCCCUUCCCCCCAGAGACGAAGACCAGGAGAAUGAGUCCCCAUGUACUCAGGGACCCCAAACCCUUCCAGUCACAUGCCAUCCCUUCUGGUGCUGGCCCUGGAAAGCUCUUUCCAGCUAUCACCACAGCUCCUGCAAAUUAUGAGCAGCCAGCCAGCCUUGCCUCUCCAGAUUCUGAGCCCUCGUCUUUUAUCCAGUGGGGUCUGGCCUGGUUGGACUCUGUCUUUGACCUGGUCAUGGUGGCCGAGUACUUUGACGAGUCACUGGUUCUGUUGGCAGAUGCUCUGUGCUGGAGUCUGGAUGACGUGGUGGGCUUCAUGCACAAUGCCCAGGCUGGAGGUGAGCAGAGGCUCAGGACUGCCAGUAAGAGUGCCGUGACUGGCGAAGAUCCACAGCUGACUGCACGGGCCCGAGCUUGGAACAAUCUAGACUGGGCUCUUUAUAUCCACUUCAACCGUAGUCUGUGGGCCCGGAUAGAACACUACGGCCGGAGUCGGCUGCAUCGUGCUGUGGCUGAGCUCCGGGCUCGAAGAGAAGCUCUGGCGAAACGUUGCCUGAUGGGAGGUGGGGCUCUGGACCCCAAAUACAUCACCGACAUAAGGCUCCGGCCUUUUCAGUUUGGUUCAGCUAAAGUGCUGGGCUAUGUGCUUCAGAGUGGGCUCAAUCAGAAAGAUCAGGAGGAAUGUGAGCGCCUGGCCACCCCUGAGCUGCAGUAUAAGGACAAACUGGAUGCUAAGCAGUUUCCCCCAACUGCCUCCCUGCCUAUCAAGGCCUCAAGGCUAGCGCCCCCGUAGGAAUCAGACUACAAACUAGGACACCUGUGAUGCACGGAGGGCCUCCGCAGCUCUGCUUCCCUUGGAAGGAACAGGAAGUAUGCUCUGAGGGGAGACUGGAGCUGUCUGGACUUUCUGUGGGAAUCCCAGCAGCAUCUGCCCCUCCAUCCCCUGCCUGCCCCUCAUUUUGCCUCUUCAAGCCUCAAGACAGAGUCAUGUAGCAGUUCCCAAAGCCCCCUGGAGGGGCAGAAGAUGACACUGAGACAGAGAAAGUUUGGGACAUGAUACAUCCAUUUCUCUAUAUUUGUUAAGAAACUGCGUCGAUUUUACUGUGAAAAUAUU